AUGUCACCAUCAAAAUUUCGAUCCAAAAAAAGAUCAACUGGAAAAAAAGCUGUAGGUUUGCGUAUGAAAAAACUCUGUAAAAAGCAACCUACUGAAGGUACUGUGAGAGAAAUCGAUCAGGAUACUUCUAAUGCUGACUUUAGUUCUCCAAUACAAAAUACAGUGACAGGUGUGGAUAUACUGACUGAUAUACCGGGUUUUAAUGAUAUAUCUGCGAUUGAAAUUUCUGACGGCAUGUCAAAUUGUGGUAUUGAAAAUGGUAACAAUUAUAUUAACAACAGUAAUUCCAGUACAUUCAAUUUAUCUCCAGAAAUUAAAAGUCCACUCGCUCAAUCGACCUUUAUAGAAAUUGAACCAGAAAAUUCUAUUAUAAACUCCACUCAACUUUCUGUGGAAAUGUCCAAUGAGCAAAUUGAAAGUUCUAAAGAAUUGUGUGGUCGUCGAAUUGUGGAUAUGAAUUUUGUAUUCAAACAAAUUUUGAAUUGUAGACACAAGGGAGGGCUAGACUGUACAUUCUUAGAUAUGGAAUUAAUUUCUGAACACAGAAAAGGAUUUUUUUGUUCUUGGCUGUUUAAAUGUUUAGUUUGUCAAAUUAAAAUAAAAAUUGACUCUGAGAACACUUCUGAAACUGAAUAUGUAGGAGUAAAUAAAGCAACAGUUAGUGGUUCUAUUGCAAUUGGAAUUGGUCAUACACAACUGAAUGAAUUUUCAGCGACUAUAGAUGUCCCGUGUAUUUCACCUAAUGUGUUUAUUAAACUGCAAUCAAAUAUUGGUGAAAUUAUAAAUGAAACUGCGUGGGAUGAAAUAUACCUAGCCGGAAUAGAAGAAAAAAAGUUAGCCAUUGAAGAUGGUAAUUUAAAUUCGGAUGGAGUACCCAUGAUAACUGUAGUAGCUGACGGAUCGUGGUGUAAGCGAAGUUAUAAAACUAAGUACGAUUCGUUAUCUGGAGUGGCAACAAUAAUUGGGUUUAGAACUAAAAAAAUUUUGUUCAUUGGAAUACGUAAUCGCUAUUGUUUAAUAUGCGAACGUUCAAAAAACAAAAACACAAUAUCUGAAACUCAUAAUUGUUUUUUAAAUUGGAAAGGAACAUCAACUGGUAUGGAAGCUGACGCUAUAGCUGAAGGUUUUGCGAAGAGUAUUGAAAUGCAUGGUCUAAUAUAUAAUAAACUUAUAGGGGAUGGAGACAGUUCAGUGUGUAAGCGACUUCAGCAAACUUUACCAUAUGGGCCAAAAUUAUUAGUAGAUAAAAUUGAAUGUCGCAACCACAUAUUGAGAAAUCUUGGUCAAAAAAUAUCUCAAUUAACCAAAAAUACUAAAUAUCCAGUGCACUUACGUAAUUUAUUAAAUCAGAAACAAAAAUGCAAUAAAUUUCGAACAGCCAUAACUAUGGCUAUUCAGCAUAGAAAAUCGCUAUGUGAUAGUGAAGUAAACAAAAUUAAAGAUUUAAAAAAGGAUAUUGAAAAUGGACCAUCACAUUUACUAGGGCAACAUUUAAAUUGCGAUUCUUAUUUUUGUAAUGGUUCUAAAAUCGGUGAACAAAAUUUUGUACCUGAAGCGGAAGAGUGUGGGUUAAUGAGUGAAAUAUCACGAAUUUACCAUCGAGUUGUUGAAAAUGCCCAAAGUUUGUUACUAGAUGUUGAUAAUAAUAUAUGUGAGCAAUUUAAUAGUAUUAUCAACAAACAUAUUGCUGGCAAACGCAUUAAUUUCGCUCUAAAAAAUUCAUAUAACGCCCGUGUUGAAGCUGCUGUAGUAUCUUUUAAUACUUCAGGACAAUAUAUUAGAUUAAUUCAUAAAAAAAUUACUAAGAAGAGUCCAGGAAUAGUUGGUAAACAAUUUUUGAAAGCCCGUGAAAGUAAAUUGAGUAAUUUACAAAAAAGAAGGCUUAAUUUUCAAAAAGAAAAAUAUACUGCUAAACGAAAAAAAAAUUUUGGCCCCGAUGAACAUUAUGGGCUAGCUGAACCAUUGGACGAUAAUGAAACACCUGGAGAUAUAGAUGAAAAAAAAAAUAAUUUUAUGAAAUCAUUAUCAAUUUCUAGUGAAGCUAUCGAUAAGUUAGAAAGGGACACAAUUGACCAAUCGAAUUCACAAACGUGGCAAGUUGAACGUAGAAUUCGCCUAACUGCAUCCAACUUUGGUAGAGUUUGCAAAAUGCGUUUAACUACAUCCUGUAAAGGAACUGUAUAUGAUUUGCUUUACGGAAAUGUAACAACCAAGGCGAUGGAAUAUGGAAAAAUGAUGGAAGAUACAGCUAGAAAGAAAUUUGAAACUUUAACCAAUUUUAAAGUUUUAAAUUGUGGUUUGUUUAUCGACAAAGAUAAACCAUUCUUAGCUGCUAGCCCUGAUGGUUUGGUAGGCGAUACAGCUCUACUUGAAAUUAAAUGUCCUUUAUCGACAAAAGAUACCAUUGAUAUUCAAGUUGCAGUCGACAACAAAAAGAUUCCUUAUAUAACCAUUGUAGACGGUAAAAUGAAACUAAAAAAAGAUAGUUCAUACUACUACCAAGUGCAAGGGCAGUUGAAAAUAACUAAGAGGAAGGUAUGUUAUUUUGUUGUAUAUUCAGAACACUGGCUUCAUUAUGAUGUAGUUGAAUUCGACAAAAACUUUUGGAGUUCUAAAAUGGAAACUCAGUUAGAAACAUUUUAUAAGGAAUGUCUUUUGCCCGAAUUGGUUCAACCACGGUAUGGCAAACGGCUAUUGAAGUCAGAUAUUUUAGAGCCGAAACACAUUUUAGAAAACAUAAAAAAAAAGAAUUUACCUAUUAUAUAA